UGGUUUCAGCUUCGCGCGUCCAGGUUGACGGCAUCGGCGUUCGGGAACGCGAUUGGAUUUUGGCGCGAAGGUCGUAACGAGCUUUGGGAAGAAAAGCUAGGACUUCGCGAGGGAUUCGCCGGGAACGAGGCCACCGAGUGGGGAUCGUCCAAGGAGGACGAAGCCGUGCGCGUGUACGAAGCCUUCGCCGGGAGAAAAGUUUCGCAUCUUUUAUUCAACGUUUUGAGCGCCGACGACGCCGAACUGUGGAUCGGGGCUUCCCCCGACGGGUUGAUCGGCACGAACGCCGCGGACGUGGACGGUGAAAUCGGCGGCGUGCUCGAAAUAAAGUGUCCUUUCAACAAAGGCUCGCCGACGACGGCGUCGCCGUACGCCAAGGUGCCGUGGUACUACGUCCCUCAAGUGCAAGGAUUGAUGGCUGUUUUCGAUCGUCCGUGGUGCGAUUUAGUUUCGUACACCGUCAACGGUGGUGUCGCAAUUUACCGCGUCGAGCGCGAUCACGAUUAUUGGAAUCUACUGUACGAAUGCUGCAGCGAAUUUUGGUGGCAGCACGUCGUCCCCGGCAAG